AUGACUGGAAUUGGAGCUCUGGUGUGUGAUGCGGGAGUCCUGAUUUUCUCGUUUCAACAUAAAAAUGGAGAAAUCAAUCCUGGGCUUCCAGAACUGGUAGAAAGAAUCAAGUUUUUUAAAUCAGAAGCUCAACAGGAAGUUCCACAAACUGUAACAUUCAACUUUCCCUGUGAAGAUGAACUGGAAUUCGUUGGUUCUUUAUUACGAAAUCUGGCCCAGCUGAUGAGCAGCAGCAACGCUCUCCUUGUUGACAAUGUCGGACAAGAACUCUACUUCUUGAGUUCUUUUUUAAGAGAAACUGAGGCAUUUCGUGCGGGAAAUCAGCAAUUACAAGCUCUUUGGAAUCGCGCUCUGGAGGUGGCUUACAGAGCGGAAUUUCUGGUCGACCGAUUAUCACUUGGAGACAGUUCCGACUCCCUCUCAGUUUUAUUUCAUUCCAUCAUUGAAGAACUCAAGGAUAUCAAAAUUGAUGUGCAGAAGGUUUCUUAUGGAAACAGAGAGGACAUGAUGGAAGUGAUCCAGACACGAACUCCCUCAGAAACAGAUGAUUUUGUCGGGUUCCACGUCUAUUCAGAAUCCAUUAUUCAUUUUCUUAAAAGAGGAGGCAAUAGGUUGCGGGUGAUCCCUAUAUGCGGAAUGCCAGGUGUAGGUAAGACAGCCCUAGCGUCUAAAGUGUUCUACGACCCUGAUGUUAGCCAACUUUUUGAAGUUCGUGCGUGGUGUUUCGUUUCUCCAGUGAUGGACGAAUCGGAAUUGUUGAAGGAUCUUCUAAGACAAAUCGAUUCUAGUGGUGAUAUUCCACCGGUUGAUACCUCACUUUUAAAAGAAAAGGGGAGAAGGUGUAGGAUUAUUAUCACAAGUCGGCAAACUAAUGUUGUUCCUGAUGGAUUGCUGGCAGCUAAUGGACCUCAUGUACUUUCUAAACUCAGUAAUAAAGAAAGUUUGGAGUUGCUGCAAAAAAAGCUAUUCCAAGGGAAAGAUUGGCCUCGCGAAUUGCUUGAACUGGGGAUGCAAAUUAUGGAAUAUUGUCAGGGAUUACCUCUUGCAAUAGUCGAUGUAGCUGGACAUCUCUCAAAAAGUGAACAAGGGAGAUGGAAGGAAAUUCUGGGUGGUUUAAGUUCAGGUGUCAUAGAAGAUCUCAGAAAGAAGGCAUGGGAAUCAAGUUAUGAGCACCUUCCGUACGACUUAAAGCCGUGCUUCCUAUAUUUUGGGGCAUUUCCAAAAGGCCAAGAGGUUUCUGUGAGAAGGUUGUUUCAAUUAAUGAUGGCUGAAGGAUUAAUUCCCCAAAGACUGUUGGAGAGCACAGAAGAUCAGGUCGCAGAGUUGAAUAGCAUAGAAGACUUUGCAGAACUGUACAUGUCUGCAUUGAUUGAAAGAAGCUUCGUUCAGAUUGCUAAACAAGGAUCCAGCGGUGGUGCCAAAACAUUCCGGAUUCAUGAUUCUCUGCAUAAUUUUUGUUUGGCAAGAACGAAAAAGGAAAACUUCUUCCAUCUUGUACAUGGGCGCGACUGUCUUUUAGAUUAUAACGAGCCCCGCUACCUGAGGAGAUUGUGCAUUUAUGAUGAUGGGGAUGCUUCAAGGAGUCCAAGUUAUUUUUUCCACAUUCAUUUGGGUGACGUUGUUCCAAGUGAAAUCGGACACCUUGUUCAGUUGAGAUACCUGUCGAUUCAAGGGAAUAUGGAAACAAUUCCAGAAUCGAUUAGUAACGUGUCAAACUUGCAAACUUUUGUGGUGCAUUUGGAAGGAACACAAGUUAAUGUUUCACUGCCACAUAACUUAUGGAAUCUAAAAGAAUUGAGAUGGCUUUACAUAAAUUUCGGUGGGGGUAUUUUGCCAUUUGAAAAUCUGGAGGACUCCUCUAUAUUGGUCAAGUUGGAAAGCUUUACAGGGGAUGCAUGGGACAUGAAACCAGAGGAUUUUCCUAGCCUUGAAUACUUGAAGCUGUCUAGGUUGGACAUCGUCAAGUGGACAGCUCAUGGUGAACUCCAAUUUUUCUUCUUGAUGAAGUUGGUAUUGGAUCACUGCAGCAAUUUGUUGGAGCUUCCUGGUUCUUUAGGACGCCAUGCUCUAUCACUUGAGAGGAUUGAAGUCCUUUCUUGCUCUGACAUUUCAGGAAGUUCAGUCAGAUGCAUUCAUGCUGAUCAUGUUGCGACUUACGGGCAACAAUCACGCUUAACGGUACACAUUCAAUGA